AUGGAAUCUGUUGUGUAUGAAGACAUCCCCGAUGCGUCUGUCCGGUUGAUGCGGUUAAAAGUGGCGCUUUUGGCGUUUGCCGGUAUUUCCACCACGAUACCCGCAGUGACUGCAAUUCUUGUUUCUGUUGAUUUGGCCUUUGCAGGUUCUUCAUCCUCGGGGGCGCAGUCGCCGAAGCUGGCGAAAACUGCUGCGGAGGAUCGCUUGCGUCAGGCUUGCGCGGAUCGCGUAAAACUUAGAACAUGGCUGCAACGCGAUCUCGGGAUCACGAUGGACUUGUGGGUUGUGGUGGCUGUAGUGCCACGUGAUAACACAGAGCUGUCUUUACUAGCAAGCUGGCAGAUGGACCGACAUCGAUCACCGUUGCGUCAGGCGGAUGCUCUGUCUCUUUCGCUGCACGAAGUGGCGCUGCUGUGGGGAGACGAGCGGAGUCAACCACCAAUGCUUACGAGUUUUCUGUUGACUCAUCAAAGCCUUCUUCUAGAUGUGACGCGCUGCCUUGGCGAGAACAGUUGUCAGCUAGUUAAUCCCGCGGUGUUCAGCCCUUUGCGGGCGAAGCACAUGGCGAAAGGCCGCACGUGUGUGGUGGCUUUUUAUUACGCCUGGCUGCCGUCGUCAUCUACCACACGUGGACUUGCACGGUUGCAGCAACAAUUUGGCGGCAUUGCCAGACAUGUUCUUUCACCUAUGCAGCUACCAUUUUCCUGCUCCUACGGGGGGGAUGUUGAGGCUUUGCAGCACAACCUUGUCACGCUGGCUUCUUCACUUUCACGUAAGACUGAUGUAGCGGGGCCUACUUCGGGUGUUGAUGUUGCACUGUUGGCAACUCGCUCGUUGAAGGAUAUAUGUAGUCUUAUUGGUGUUCUCUUAGGUUGUCCACUGGCAAAUUAUUACGGCGAGUCGAUGGCGUUUUGUGCCUCAGUGCGGAGGCGGCGGCGAGCGGCGGGUCUUAUUUACCCCACCAGUGUGCCGCUCGCGAGGCCGACGGGCACGGAGAUGACGAAUGGUGUGGAUAAGCGGCCGGCCCCCGAACGGCAUUCGAAGCGAAAACGAAAAGAGGGAACGGCGGCGGAGGCGUCUGCUCAGGACGAUCCCGUCGACGAGGCAGAAGGGCUGAUGUGGUGUGAAGACAUUGGGAGUUGA